AUGACAAAGCUUACUGUGUUUGCGUUCACUAACAAAGCUUAUUAUCAGCUGCCGUACACAGAACGCAAUGAGAUAGAUAACUACAAUGUUACUGAGCUUCAAGACUACCUUAAAUUUUGUUCAGUCUAUGGAAAUCGCAUUACAACCUCCUCUCUCAGGGACAAUCAGUACGAGCUAAGCAUGAGUUCCAAUGGAGACAGACUUUAUUUUAAUCGCAUCCAGAGAAUACACACGACAGCAGGACUCACUUAUGAAACUAAGUAUUAUGUCAACGGUGUGGAGAUUUCGGAGGGAUCACGUGACAUCUCGGCCACCAAUGGGAUUGUUCAUGCUCUAAAUGGAAUCAUGCGGAAGACGAUUCAGAAGACAGUCUAUAGGUGGAUCCAAGAUCCCGAGGAUACUACCCGGCAAUUUAAGAUAUUCCUCGAUUUGAUGAGUUACCUUUAUACGAUGGACAGCAUAAAUGAAAUUUCCUCAUCAGAAAAUAUUACCACCUUGUUUAUUCCCAGUGACAGUGCAAUGCAAAAGAUACCUAUCUCCGUGCUGAUCAGACUGAAGAACGAUCCCUCAGAAUUACAACGGGUCAUUCAAGCUCAUUAUGUACGUCACCGGGCAAUUUUCACCAACUGUAUUCCUCACAAUGAGAGUUUUACUGAUGCCAACGAUCAACCAUUGACAUUUCGCAAAUCAGGUGACAAUGUAUAUGUUUACAGUGGUGGUUCGGGGACGGCAAUUAUGGAGGGUAAUAUAACGAUGUCUAACGGUGUGGUUCAUAUCGUGGAUCAGUUGCUGGGACUCGUGUACAACAACAUUCGUGAACAAAUUCAAAGAGAAUCCAU